AUGACGACACCGAAUCCACCACCGGAAGAUCAGGCCUCGCCAGAAGCUGCGGCCCCAAGCACAGAGUCCGACAAGCAGAGCACUGAAAGUACCGCCGCCAAGGACAACGACGCUGCUAAGGACAGUAGCACCUCGAAUGAGAAUGCCGCCGCCAAGACUAGUGGCACCUCGAAGGACAAUGGCACGGCGAAGACCCCCAAACACCGACGCGGCGUAUCGACGGGCGGGACACCGCAGACCGCUCCCCCAAUCAUCGUGACCACCCUGCCCUCCGGCGGCAAUCGGCCACGCUCCUCGACGCUCAAGCCUCAACCCACACUGCUGACCGACUUCCUGCUCGGCCGGCAGUCGCCCGCCCGCGUGGCCGCCAUGCGUCAGCAGAGGCUGGACUCGAUGGCCGUGCGUGCCGAAAUCAAAAAGGAGAUGCGCGAGGCCGCCGUCAACAGGCUGGCGCAGCCGGGCGGUGUCCGCGACCGUGUGCAGAAAUGGCAAAAGAACAACGCAGCCGCGAUGCUGGCCGGGGACCCCGAGGACGCAGCGAGCGAGCCGACCGACGUCGCCUUCAACGUUGACGAGGAUAGCGUUACGGAGGAGGACCGACAGCGCAUAAAGUUUAGACAGCAGCCCAAGCACAGGAGGAAAAGCUCGGCCAAGCCCGUUAAGGUUGAACCCUCAAGCAAGGGUGAGGGCGAUGAAGAAGCCGUUGAAGACGCAGAACCUCCCGCGGAGCCAGCAUCCCCACCAAAGAAAAGGAUCGUUAGUGACGAACACUGGAUGAAGCGUAGGAGGAGGAGUCCGCCAGGCUCCAGGGCCAUAAGGAUGAAAGCAGGAGGCGGCCCGUCACCGUUACCAAAAAACUUUCUUCAAAGACCAGCUCCAAAUCCACCGGUGAAUAACAAGAUCGCCGCCUGGGCUGCCAAGGUUGAGCCUAUGGAAAUUCCAACCAAGACCACAAAAUACUAUUCAAAAUCCGGGGACGCAAUCGAGGUGGAGGAGGAUGAUCUCAGCAGCGCAGUCAGCAGCUCGAGAUUUACUGAAGGGGAAGGCAGCCGAGUGCGAUCAGCCACCUCCAGGAGAUCUGAAGGUUCUAGCGCGAGGACAACAGGAAGAAGCAGCGCAAGGACUCUGGAAGAUGAUGGUAUCCGUGUACGACCGAUCCGUUCACAGUCCAGAAAACCAAAGGAUGAUGGUGAUGAUGGUAUCAGAGUCACAUCUACGUCGACGUUACCAGACGAUGGCAUCAGAGUGAGGCCAUUGCGUACAAAAGAAAGCAGAGAGGAUCGUACCCGUUCAAGAUCUAGAAAACCGUCCAGAGAGCGACCGCGGAGAGUCGCGAGCGCACGGCGGGAUCCAUCACCUUCUACCAUAUUGCAAUCCGAGGUUGAUACACUGUCUAUUCCGGAUACUCCUACUAGGAAAUCCGGUCGAAAAAGUCCGCCGAGGAAUAAGAAGAGCAAACCUCCACCAACAGAGAUCACAGAGAUCACGCAGACAACCCAAACUACAGAUGCCACUGAGGCGACUGGUGUGACGGAGGCGACCGGCACGUCCUACCUCACAGGAACUACGGGUACCACAGACAUGACCGGAACCACGCGUACCGAAGAUCUUUCAGACGAUAGGUCUUCAAGCGAUUAUGACAACUCGGACCUUCCGUCCACCUUACCAGCAAAAUCCCUGGCCGAUAUUCCAUUCGGAUACUCGGCAUUUAGCGAGCUUGAUCUCCCCAUCCGAGGUGAUGGAGGAAAGAUGCAGAGACCAAAGGCACAAAGAUCGCCAAGUUUUAACGCCACCGCUGUGUUCAAAAAGGUAUACAGCGAGGGCAGGAAAAUAAUAACUCAUACAGUACAGCCUCCGGAACCUCCGAAGCCGGCGAUGAACCAGCCUCCCAACAUCGAAAACUGGUUGAGCAGCACUGUUGAUCCAUUUGUAGAGUCACCAGAAGUGGAAAAGGAGGAUGUGGAGCAGGAAUGGAAAAAUGCUGCAAAGAGACGGUCAGAUGCUGGCAGAAGGCGUCCCAAGGCACCAGAUAGAAGCGAUAUCUCAUCUGAGACGGCACCGACUGUACAGGAGGAAAACCAGGAAAACAAAGACCCGAAACCAGCUGUUGCCGAGGAGAGAACACCACAAAGGGAGACAACCGUCACUCCACCAUCCACGGGGCUGAAGCGGAGCGGAGCCACAAGAGGUAUGUCUUCGCCCGUGAAGACAGCCCCUAAACCAGCACCCAAGAAGCCUUUCCGAGAGGCCCUUAAAGAAGCAUUCCGCGGAGAGUCUGUCGGACACAAGAUUUCACCCAAGAGAUAUGCUAGCUUUGAGAAAGAAAAGGUAACGGAACCAGAACCGGAGCCCUACGAGGAAUCAGAAAGGGGUUAUCAUGUUUCGCGCGAGUCUCGAGACCAUCGCAGGAGAUCAUCAGGAUCUCGUAGGUCACAAUCACCUAGUUCUUCUCUCACAUACGACAGCCAGUCGACGUUACCUCCGCCGCCGCCAGCAGCUGCUUUGCCUAGAAGGUUGAAGCCCCCAACAAAUGGACUUCAUGAAUUAUCUACAAUUGUUUCUAUGGAGGACUCUAGGGGAGGACAGUCCGAAGUCGACUCGGUAUUAUCAGAAACAACAGUUACACAGACUUCGGACUUUACGAAAUUCACGGGCGCAUCCUCAGCAGUUCGACGAAGAUCCACAGUCAAGAAAAGGCUUACGAAGCAUUCAGACUUGGUCUCAGUGCUGUCAUUACCAGAAGCCGCGGGUGUGCCAACUAGAGCGCCCAGUAUAAGAGUGGCCCGGAGCUUGCGCAGAAAGACCAGUAAACUGGAAAACGCCACGUUGGAUGACCUGCUACACGAGUUCAUUGAGGAUGAGAACUUUUACCAACGUGAACUGAGGACGAUCAUCGAUGGCGUCAUUCCCGUGCUGCUCAAGGAAGUUGUCUGCAGUGAUACCAGAAUCAUCCAAGAUCUCUUCGGUUCGGCCUUUGGAAAUGAAGGCCACGGUAGAGCUGCUCCUGAUGCCGCAGAGAAGGCGGUGGUAUCGAUGGGGGUGGCUCUGGAGAGAAUCAACAAUCAUCACAAGGCGAUUCCUUACACUGACCCCAACCUGGUGGCUGUAUGGUUGGAGAGGAUCGUGCCUAUUUACAGCGCCUACUAUGAUGUAUGGCGCCUCGGAUUCCAGGACUUGAUUGUCAACCUCGCUCCAGCUGCUGGCAAGACUGAUGAGGAAGACUCGCUUGUGAAUGCGCUGCCGCGCAAUGCAGAGGGAGACGUUAUUAAUGACAACGGCGACAGGGUGGAUGUAGCCCACCUGCUAAAGAGGCCCCUUAUCCGCGCCAAGUGGCUCCUCAAGCUGAGCAAGGGACUGCGCCAUGUGCUUGGCAAUGACGUUGUGCCGGACAACCUAGUAGACAAGUUUGCAGACUUGCAAGCCAAGGCGCAGCGUCGGCACCGUGAAGAGCAGGCUAGAAAGACGAACGACGAUGCCUCCAACACAGAUACGAGCCGCGCACGAGACCUGAGGACACUUCGUCCCCUUGACGGCAUCUUCAUUGACCAGACACGCGAGGUCAACUCCAAAGACGUCUUCUCACUCGACCUGGCCCACUCGAAUGGCCAGCGACUCGAAUGCCAGGUGGAGCUUAUUUACAGAGACAAGCUUACAGAUUCUCAUGACCGGGGUGACCUUUUGAUCAGAGAAAGCGGUCCCACUGGUGUUCAAUACCUUCUCUUUGCCCCUAUUUUCUGGGAAAACGUGUCGGCUCGGCGUGGCGACGGAGAAGGGAAGCUCGUGCUCAUGAUCCGCGGCACAUAUGGGCACGAUGACUGGUAUGAGCUUCUGAACCUGCAAACCGAUUACGACGAUGCGAUUCCCGAGUGGCUUGAACUCCUCGGCACUGUUCCUCGGCCGCCUGCACCGCCCGCAGCAUCAAGUACAGAUCUACUCCACGUUCAGGACAUCAGAACCUCGAGGUCUGGCGAGGUUGAUGUGCCUGUUGGGGCUCAGAAGUUUAGCCGAACGCUUCCAUCAGUUCCUAGGGAAGGUUCACCACAGACCCCAAGCCGCUAUCAUCACGUUCGUAACCGCAGUGUCCCGACAACUCCCACACUCACUGGAGAUGCCACGCCCAAGACUCGUUCACCAAGCGCUAGCUAUUCGCCAGACUCGGAUCGGACACCAACGCAGUCCACCUACGCCCCAUCGCCCGAGUCUGACCGCGAAAGCCGCAGCAAGUCGGCAAACUCCACCCCAGUCCGGGAGGAUGGCGCCCCGCCACCUCCUAUCCAUAGAACAUUCACGUCCAAGAAGCCUAUGGUCGUCGAGCUCCCGCCACCCGCUCGCGUCAAGCGCCAUGGCUCAUCUCCUCUCAAGCACGAAUAUCGGCCAUCGGACGUGUCAUCAGAGUCAUCAGAAGAGGAGGAUGACUCUGAUACGGAAUCGUCUUACUCGGACUCCCUCUCCUCAGGUGACGAACUUGAGGAUGAAGAUGUCCCUGAAACAGAGCCUGGCAUCAGUAUUAGAAAGCCAGAGUUUAGCUUCAACCCCAACGCAUCGGUUCUUUCCGAUGAUAGCAUCACACCAUCUGCCUCGGCAUCCCAAGUGGACCUUCGGGGUCCUGAUGGAGCAGAUGAAUCAGUCAAGGCCGUUGCUACUAUAUCAUACUGGUCUAACAAGCGCGGCCGGUGGAAGGAGGUCCGCUCGGAUGCCUGCAAUGUCAGCAUCACCCCAGGAUUGCUCGAGGUGCACCCAAUGACUGUCGACCGUCCUGUGGGCUCCGAAAUGAUGGGAAGAGCGGAUGCCGGGGCUGAUGUACCUCUUAUUGCGCUCGAUCUGACACCGCUGGUCAUGAUCCGAAAGAGCACUGCGAUCGACCUCGAGAUCCGUUCGCCGGUGCGAUCUUACUCAAAGCUGAGCGGCAUCGACGGCAUCAUCUUCCGCUUCCGUGCAUUGUCCCCUAUGCACCUAGAGCACCUUUACGCAGCGGUGCACCAUUCUCGUAUGAACAAUGCCAAGUUCCGGGCCCUCGAAGAGGAGGCGCGGUUCAGGUCGUUUGGCCAAGGUCAAGGCAACGGCCAACAGGCUACUAGCGCUAGCGGGAGCGGCAAGAGGUCCUGGUUCGGGCGCAAAAAUAGCUACCGCGCGUCGACGCGGGCGCCGAGUCAGAGCCAGCAAAGUGGUAGCGGCUCCUCUGGCAUUUCAAUAUCUGCAUCGAGCUUCCUGAAGCGACUGACGGGUGGAUCCGGCCUCGCCUUCAACAUUGACAAGUCGUCGCUGCAGCAGCAGCAUCAGCGCGACAGCAGGCCCAGCAGCGCGGCCGGUCCGACUUCAAUGUACACAUCUUCUUCAUCCGGCAGGGACGGGAACACUCCGCCAAGAUCCCCCAGUGUCAGCAUGGCGUCGUCACCGAACCGCGGUAUUCAGGCCUGUGGCGGGACGACGGACCUCCGGAUCAGGUGCCACCUCCUCGUAUCGGCAAACAAGUGGGAGGACAACGGCAACUGCCUGCUUUCAAUAUCACGGCCACCACCAGGCGUGCGGCAGGAGCUGCGCGUAUACCACGGCAUGGAGAAACGAAUCCUAGUUACGCAGGUGCCCAAGAAGCAGUCGAUACUCCUGCCGAGAUCGGACGAGGCCUCGGCGCCACCCAAGGUCAUCCUCGACGUCGUCCUGGGCAGCCGAUGCUUCAGCAUGUUGGGCACGAGGGGAAUCAUCCUCAACGUGUGGGAGGACCUGCGCGACGACCAAAACCGGGUCGGCAGCGCGCCAGCCGAGGGCGCACUGGCCGGACGCGUCAAGAAGUGGUGCUUCCAGUGUGCCAGCGCGGUCGAGGCCAACUGGAUCUUUGGGCUCGUCGCGAGGGAGGUGGAGAUCCCAUAG